GCUUUGUGUUGUGGUUAGGCUUACCUGUGUCUUGCGGGAGCGUUACUUUGGCUCUCACGGUUACUGAACGUAGUCGCGUAGUGUUCUAGGUGUUCAGAUUAUUGCAGAAGAGAUACCAGUUGUUCCUCAUUUAGCAGCAACGAAUACAGAAUUGCUCUAUAGGAAGGCUAGGAAGGAGGUGGCGCGGCACAUCGAACUUGGAUACAACGGGACGAGUGCUAUACUAUAGUAAACCAUGUCAAAGUCGCAGACUUCUUCACCGGCAGUAAGCGCACAAGGGGAGAUCCUCUUAGCGAAGUACUUGACGGACUCCAUCCGCACAAUCGAGCAAGCAAUAAAGCGGGCGGGGCCGCCUGCCGCCCCUGCUAGCACCCUUCCCCGGUCUGUGUCAGCGCCGCGUCCAGAAGCCAGGUAUGAGACCCGCCGAGCAGCGACAGAAGUCCUGCUGCCGCGCAAGCUGCCCCCGUCCUACGCCCCCGCCGCCGCUGCAGCCGCGGCAGCCGCCCAUGUCACUAGCCGUCACGACGCCCUGCGCACCUCCAGUCCCGGAACCGGUCCUGGGGCUCCUAUAACCGCACUGCAAGCACGGUUGCGUCAGUCCAGUGCCUCUCCUCCCGGCGUGUCAUCGCCCCCAAACCGAAGUCACGGUGGUGGUGGCGGCGGCGGAUCCGGACCGCCGCCAGUGUCAUCGUCGUCGGCAUCUAAAGCGGCAUCCGGUGGCGGCGGCGCGCCGCUGCCGCCGCGAGCUGUUGUUGUACGUACGGCACAUGCAAGCGCCACUGCCGUACAACCCAACCCAAAUCAACUACACCAGCAAUUGCAGCAGCACUACCAUCCAUCUCACCAACAGCAGCAGCAGCAGCAACAGCAGGCAUACCCGCAGCAGCAGCAAUCACAGCAGCAUGCGACAGCAGCUGCUGCUGCUGGGAGGAGGCCCGGAUCCGGGUCAGCAGGAGCUCGAAGUGGGGGUGUCUCGGGUGGCACCGGCGGCGGCGGCGGUGGAGGAGGUGGAGCGUUACGCUCGGCUUCAGCUCCUAGAGCAGAGCAAGACGCCGGUGGCCCACCCAACCACCCUAGUCAUCAGCAACAUUCGUACAACCAACAGCAGCAGCAACAACGACAACAACACCCGCAAGCGCAUUUCCGCAGUUCUGGGCCCGCUUACCCCGGCGGCGGUGGCGGUGGCGGUGUAGGCGGCGGUGGCAACCCCCUCCAGGCACAGAAGUUCAGUUCCCAGCUGCCACCGCCGCCACCGGCGCUGCAAGCCCCACAGCCCCCCAGGAACCUAGCGGCAGCAGCAGCGCUGUCACCCACAGCUGCUGCGGCGGCUGCAGGCGGCGCACGUCUCGGCGGUCUUGGGUUGGCCGGCGGUGGAGUUGGAGUGGGUGGUCUGGCAGCUGCGGGUGCGGAUGCUCGGAGCAUGGCCUCAGUUCGCCGAGGCGGUGGCGGGGGCGGUGGUGCUCCCUCGGAGGCGGGCAGCCACUCCUCCUGGUGGCGGUGGCGACCCGUGACGGACGCCUCGUACCCGCUGACUGCGAUCACCGACCGCUACGCCGCCAGCCUGAGCCCCACGGAGCUGGUCAAGUGGAACGACCGGGUGGCCAGGCUGGAGGCGGAGAUAACACAGGAGAAGGAGCGCAGGAAGCAAUUCGAGGAGCAGCUCAAGAAGCUGCAGGUGGAUACUUCCUCGGGUGGAGCUGCGGCUGGG